GCUGUAUUACUGUUGUGAGCACCUCAGUUUAACAUAACUUGUCCCACCUUGCUUCAACUACUUGCGUCUGGCCUUGGAAGAUGCCGCUCACCAAAGAUGAACUUAUAGCCAAAUUGAAGGAUGCUGGCGUCUCCUUUGAGUCAUUUGAGCAUCCUCCAGUGAUGACGGUGGAGGCGCAGAUCGCUGCUCUCCCUGGAAACCCGCAGACGGUUCUGAAGAACCUGUUCGUCAAGGACAAAAAGCACCGCUGCUACAUCAUCACGGCUCUCCCAGACACCAAGAUUGACAUGCAGGUACUGUCGGCCCGGCUGGGCACGGGCAAGGGCGGGCUGCGGCUGGCGCCCGAGGAGCUCCUGCUGGAGGUGCUGCAGGUGCCCCUAGGCUCUGUGACGCCCCUGGCUGUAGCCAACCCCGAGGCGGCGGAUGUGGUGCUACUGCUGGACGACAAGAUCAAGGCGCAGCAGGUGGUGUACGUGCACCCGCUUGUGAACACGACGUCUCUGGCGCUCGGCCCCGCGGCGCUGGAGGCGGCGCUCAAGGCCGUGGGCCGCGACCCCCUGUUUGUGGACCUGGAGGCAGACCCCAAGAUCGACCGCGACAACCCGCCCGACCUCAAGGCCACAGCGGACGCCGCCAAGCCCCCCGCGGCCGCCCUGCCGCCCGCAGACGGCGCCACGCCCGCGCCGCCCGCAGACGCCAAGGCCGGCGCCGCGGCGGCGGCCGCCGCCCCCGCUGCCAAGGACGCUGGCAAGAAGGACGCUGCCAAGAAGGACGGCAAGGGCGGCAGCAAGGGCGCCGACCAGAAGAAGGGCGGCGCCGCCACCCUGACCGCUCUGACGGCGGUGGGGCCCCGCGUGGAGGAGGUGCUCAGCCUGGCGGUGGGCGCGCUACUAGGUGCCGGCACCACGGCCGAGGCCGCUGUGGCGGAGGGGCGUGUGGACGCCUACGCCUUGGCGCGGCUGCGUGCGGACCUGGAGAUGCAGCUCAGCAGCCUGAAGAACGCGGCGUACGCGGCGGGACACGUGGCGGGCAAGGGCGAGGUGGUAGCGCACGCCGAGCGGAGAUACGCGUAGAGGGGGGGGGGAGGCGGUGUGGAGAGGGCGAGAGGCUUGUGGAGGAGACGAGGAGGCAAGAGGGGAGGUCUAGGGCGUGCGAUGGGACAGGGUUUAGGCAGGUUGGCGAGGUGUGGCGGCGGUUGGACGAGGUACGGUGAAAGCUGUGGUGCCGGCGGUUGACGCUGGACUGUGGAGACCUUUCCAGUGCUCGAAUGUCAAGGACUGCGUUCGCAGCGGAUUGCUGACUCCCAACUGUGGUGACUGUGCGAUGGGACAGUGGUAAGGCAGGUUGGCAAAGUGCCGUAGGGUGCAGCUGAUUCCCAAAACCCAACAGAUGGCACACAAUUUACAACGGCAGGGCAGGAGUGCGCGGCUUGUCGAACGCCGGAGUUACUGUACCGAUGAGUUGCUGGCUGGCUGGAAGUCCCCGCUGUGGUGACUACACGGUCUAUCUGAGAGCAACGUGAUGGACACGCUGAAGAGUUGGACGCCGCCUGGCGCAGCGCCACUGCGAGCGGGCCGCAUCAAAAGCUGUGAUGCCACGGGUUCCCCUCUGCUGCUCUACGUGUUCUUCCAAUUCCAUAAGUUCUGGAUUUAACUGCUUUUGAUU